AUGAAGCCCAGCCUCAUCACACGAGGCUUCCUUGCCUUUGCGCCGUCGCCGGCCCGAACUGCAUCGCAAGCCAGGCCGCCCUCGGUCUCGGACUUCGACUGGUCCACCAUAUCCGCAUCGCCAUCCCUCAACUACACGGCAUGUUACGACGCGCAGCACAGGUGCGCCAAGUUGCUCCUCCCCCUGGACUGGCUCGAUCCUCACAACACAAGCAACGUGGAUGUCUCCAUAGCUAUCAUCGGCCGGUCCGCCCGCGUUGCAGAGUCGGACCCCAGGUUCGGCGGCACCAUUAUUGUGAACCCCGGCGGGCCUGGCGCGUCCGGCGUGGACUUUGUGCUCCGCGCCGGCGAGCUAGCCCAGCGCACCGUGGACAGCGACACGAGGGCGUACGAGAUCCUAUCCUUUGAUCCGCGCGGCGUUGGCAUCUCGGAGCCGCAUGCCGACUGCUACCGUGGGGACGAGUUUGCCCGAAGCCUGAGUGUGGCCGAGGACCGCAUCAUCGGCUGGCCGGAUGAGCAGGCUGUGGACGCCAUCAAGUGGCGGGCUGCCCGGGCCGAGGCCUUUGGUCGGCUCUGUAGCGAGUCGGGUCCAGGCAUCCUGGCGUUUAUGUCCACGAGUAGCGUGGCGCGUGAUAUGGUUGAGAUUGUGGACCGGAUCGAAGGACUGAGGAAUGGAGAGCAGAUUCGGACAAGCUCGGAGGACCCUCGUCGGCAGCGGCCUCUAGAAUUACGAACAGCUAAGACACUGAAAGACGACACCCCGAGGAUCCAGUUUUGGGGCUUCUCCUAUGGUACAAUUCUAGGUAACUACUUUGCGUCCAUGUUUCCCGGCCGCAUUGGUCGGAUGGUUCUCGAGGGCGUUGAAGACGUUGAAGAUCAUUAUAGAGGCACAUUGACCCUUAACGUCAAAGACACACAAAAGGUCUUGAGCCACUUCUACGAGACGUGCCAUGAAGCGAAGUCUCGCUGCGUGCUGCACCGCACCGGCGACCAGUCGCCGCUGGACAUCCGGGCCCGCGUAGAGGCUUUCCUGGACAGCCUGUCGGACUUUCCAGCGCCCUUCGUGUCCGGUACCCACGCCGUGUCCAUUACGAAAGAGGACAUCCUCGAGCGCUUCUUCCGAGCACUGUACCAGCCGCAGCGCGACUUCCCGGCCAUGGCCUCCACGCUCGAUGAAGCCAUGGCCGGUAACUUCACCCGCCUUUUCUUGGUUCUUGCCCGGCCCCAGAGCUACCUCCCACCGUCCAACGGCUCACGGCCGUUCACUUGGAGCCAGGACGCGCACAUCGCCGUCAUCGGCGGCGACGCCAAGUCACAAGCCAACCUGACGAUUCCGGACUACGUCGAAUACCUGGAGGCGCUGAAGCGCGACUCGCCGGACCUCGGCGCGGCCGAGGGCCGGAUGCGCCUCGACAUCCGGGGUUGGCGGGUCCGGCCGCGCUACCGGUUUACGGGCCCGUGGACGACGCCGGAGCCGGACACCGAGCGCACUGUGCCUGGCCGGCCGGCGGCGCCGCUACUGUUCGUCUCCAGCCGGCUCGACCCUGUCACGCCGCUGGCCAACGCCAACGCCAACGCGGCAGCCCGGGCGCAUUCGGGCUCCCGCGUCCUGGUCCAAGAGAACGCGGGCCACGGCUCGCUGUUCUCGCCGGGCGCGUGCCGCGAGGGCUGGAUCAAGAGGUACUUUGAGUCGGGCGAGCUGCCGCCCGAGGACACGGUGUGUGAGCCAGACUGUCGGCCCUUCAUGCCGUGUGGGCGGGCGGAGAGCAUGGCUCUGGUCGAUGCGAGCAGACAGGCUCGGGGACAGGGGGACUAUAUGGCUGGUCUUUGA